UGGCAACGGUAAACAAAUGGCGACUAACCUUAUUUUGUUUAUAUUAUUUUCUAAAAGAAAGAACGUGAGAUAUUGUUUAAAUUGAAUGUUAAUGCUAUUAUUUAAUAUUCAUGUAUCUUACACAUUGCUUUAUACAUAAAAUAUCAAUAUGGCGGAAAAAAAGUAUGAUCUAGCCUUGAUAGAUACAAAAAAUGAUCAGCCUGUAAAACAUCAAAAAUGGUAUAAAGAGAGGCUUCAAACUAAAUACAUUAAAAAUUUGAAGCCUGGUGAAAAAAUAACUACAAGCAACACUAAGGAUUGGAUUUUUUUAAAAGAUGGAUUAGAUGACUUUAGAGAUGGCCUUCCUCCUGAUUCAAAUGGCUGUGAUUUUAUAAAGAUCGGCAAAGGAGAUUUUCCUAUAAUUAGCAGUGAUUUUCUUAGCUGCAAUAGUGGAGGUUUGAAAAAACCAGGAACUAAGAAAAGGCUUAGUCGAUUUCAGACCUAUUUAUCUAAGAAUACACCACAGCAAUACCAACGAAGAGCAUUUGUGGAAGAAGUUGAGCAAGGUUUACUAAAGCAUCCAUUAGCCUUAUACCCACACUUGGAAGAAAGUGUUGCACCAGAGAUAUUUGAAGACAUUGUAGAUCUUCUAGACCCACAGUUUAAUAUAAAUGAGAUUCAAGAUGAUGAUAUUGAAGGUCUUGGAAAAUUAGAUGAGCAUUUAGAAGACGGUUCGUUCCCUGAAGCAGAUCAAAGUGUGAGGCCUAAGCCAGAUGAUUUAGGAUUUAAAGAUGGUGAUACCUUGGCAACGAAAAAUCUGUACCGCUGGGUGCCUCGUAAAGAAAGCAAGAAAGAUGGAAAGAAGACCAAAGAGAGUGAGAUACCCUGGAGUAACACUAUUGCUGAAGAAGAACACAUGAAAAGAGUCACACAGGAAUUUUGUGAAUGGGUGCAAGAUCUUGGUGGUGAGACCAACAAUAUAGAGGAGUCCACAAUAACUAGUCUGUUUGCCAGUGGCUAUGAAACUAAACCCGCCCUCUCCGUGCCUAUACAUGUUGUUGAGCUGACCAACGUCCCUCAGGAACUCCGAGUGUCAGCAGUUGUGCCACCUCCUGCCCCCACAUCAAAAACUCAUUUGGCUAACUUUGAAGCUCCAAAAAAGAAAAUCUCCAGCGAUUAUGAGCCAAGCUGGGUUAAAUUUAGAUAUGGUGCUUGGUAUUUGCAUCCAAAGACUUGGAAGAAAAUGGGCUACACAGAACCCCUUGAGGACCCCAAACAGUUGAAAGAAUAUGAGUUAUCAGAAGCAAAGAAAAGGAGCAAUGAAUUGAAUCAUGAAUUGGCUGGCAUGCAUGCAUCCAAGGCAUUUUCUGAAUUUAUACCAAGGAAAAACACCAGAAAACCAGAGUUUUUGGUCGAAGUGUCAGAGAUCCAGAAAAAGGCGGCAGAAGAGGAGCAGAGGAGGUUAGAACUAGAGCAGCAGAGCAAACAGAAGAAACGAAUGUCUCUGAAAGAAGUGGUAGAGGCAUAGCU